CGUAGGUCUCCUCAGUAUUGGUUGGCCAGGCGAUAAUCACUCGUGCAACGACGUAAAAGUUCCUUGGCAGAUGCGUGCUCGAUCCGAGAUAUACACGUGUUCGUUUAAUAAAUUGACACUUUCCGCGUAUUCGCGAGCGCGAAUUAAUCGAAUCCAAGAGAUUGGAAAUUCUUGUCAAGAAGAUUAUAGGAACGGACUAUCUGCACGUGAUUGGUAUCAGUUGCAUCUAUCCUAUAAUUAGGAAAAUGAGCAGCUCAAUACUUGCAAAUACAUCUUUUGAUAUACGUCGCGAUAGCAGUGUCCUUGAUGUAGACGACCUUUGAUGUUACGUGAACUCAAAGAGCCUCAAACAAAUCAUGUUCCUGCUUUAGAUUCAUCGUUUCAAAUCUAAUGUUUAUCCGUGAGAAAACUUUCAAAGUGUGAAAACAAUAAUUGAAACGAAAAGAUUGUUCAAAAUGCACGAUUCUUGACAAAAAGGAAGAUUGCAAAUUAGAAAGUAGAUAAAACAAAAUGAUAAAAUAUUCGGAGCAAACGAAAAACAUUCCUGAGUAACGUCAUAUUUGUGGGAAAUGAAAAUUAUAAUAUUAUAAUUUUAGAAUUAUAAAUCUUUCAAAGAGACAACGAAAAUAACGGAGAAAACCAAUAAAAUCCAGAAUCUUUCGAUUGUCUCUCUAAAGUAAUAAAUUCUUAUAUAAAUAACGUGUGUAAAUUCAUACAGUGCGUGAAUUUAUGACUUUGCCAAAACUCGAUAACAUAUGAUAAAAGACACCGAUAAUAACACGUGAUAAAAUUUAGUGACGAAGAGUUCAUAUCAAAUUAUACCAAAUUCAUCUCGCAUCAUUGACGACGAUAUUUACACAAGACGAACAUAUUUAUAUUAACGAAGGAGUGAGAAAACAAAUUUAAACAAUAGUUCUAUUGAUAACAUCGAUUCACGCGAAAAGUGAAAAGUGCGUAUAUUAAAGCUAACAAGUUUGUCUUAUGUUCUAUAACUUACAUAAUCGCGUCAGAGACGAAUCAAUCGUGUGUCAACGAUGACCUUGGCGAUCUCUUACCGAUGGCGGUUCGCGGGCUCGAUUGUAUCAAAGAAACGAAUGAUGAUGCCAAAGAGAAGUUGACGCCGUCCUCGAUCACGCGAAUAAUCGCGCUCGGUUAUCAUUUUGACAUCUCCCGAUGCUUUUCGGAGAUGUUACGAGUUGCUUGUGGGCAAAAACGCGAAUAUAAUACGAGAAGUUGAGUCAGAGAGAGAGAGAAUCACGUGACAAGACGCAGUAGAUGAAAGAUGACGGUCAGCUACACAGCCGAAGUAGCCACUUGCAGAGGGCUCGGUUGCUUUCCCAAAUUACUGCUCAGGUGGCGAGCGAGUAUUUACAAGCUUGUCUGGCUCGACCUAUCGGUUUUCCUCAUCACCUACUAUUCGCUAUCCGGUAUCUACCGAUUGUUAUUAAACAAGGACCAAAAGAAGAUAUUCGAAUUUGUGGUGGCAUACUGCAAUGAGUUUAGCGACCUAAUACCAGUUUCGUUUAUCUUGGGUUUCUAUGUUACUAUCGUGAUGACUAGAUGGUGGAAUCAAUACUUAGCGAUACCAUGGCCCGAUUCUAUUGCGGUCUUUGUAUCAGCCACUAUACAUGGAAACGACGAACGCGGUCGUUUAAUGCGGCGUACGAUCCUUAGGUACGUGUGCGUCUGUCUGACUGUGGUCCUAACAAAUGUCGCGCCGCGAGUAAAGAAAAGAUUUCCUACCUUGGAGCAUUUCGUGGACUGCGGCCUAUUACUGGACAACGAAUUAACGAUAUUCCAGAGUCUGAAUGCGAAAUUUCCAAAGCCAAGCAAGCAUUGGCUGCCGAUAGUCUGGGCCACGAGUAUCGUGACCCGUGCUCGGAAGGAAGGUCGAAUACGCGAUGAUUUCGCAGUCAAGACUCUCAUCGACGAGCUCAACAAAUUUCGCGGAAAAUGCGGCACUAUUUUACAUUACGAUACAAUCAGUGUCCCGUUAGUCUAUACUCAGGUCGUCACACUAGCUGUAUACACUUACUUCUUAACCAGCGUAAUGGGUCGCCAAUGGAUUCAAACGUCAAACUCGAUCAUUGAUCUGUAUUUCCCGGUAUUCACAACAUUACAAUUCUUUUUUUAUAUGGGCUGGCUAAAGGUCGCUGAAACGCUGAUUAAUCCGUUUGGCGAGGACGAUGACGAUUUCGAAGUAAAUUGGUUAAUCGACCGCAAUUUGCAAGUAAGCUAUUUGAUCGUCGACGAGAUGCAUCACGAUCAUCCAGAACUUAUACGCGAUCAAUAUUGGGAUGAAAUAUUCCCCAUGGAGCUCCCGUAUACCGCUGCGGCGCAACCCUUCCGCGAGGAACAUCCUCAACACUCGACAGCCGGUAUACAAUUGUCCGCCGCGCAACAAGAACUGCAACCAUCAUCGGUUAAAAUCGAGGAUCUAGCGCCGGAUGAACACAAAUUCCAGUCCGACAUAGGCGAUGACGCCGCGUCGGGGAUACAUUUCACCGCGAGCGGAAAAUUUUCCCGAAACGGUACAGAGAGCACUGAGAGAUUAGUAAGAAGUGCCAGUAGAGUGAGUAAUCGAGAGCGCAACCUUAGCGGCGGUUCAAUUCCUAGCAACCUGGGUGGCUCACUCACGAGAAUAAACAGCGUUACUAGCGUACUUAAGAGAUUCUUUAGCAAGGAGGACAGACCGGAUGGAAGUACCGCAAGUGGCACUAAAACUCCGGCAAAGAUUACGAACUCAAGUUCGGCAGCUUCCUUGCAACUACGACCACCUGCUGCAAGUGGUGCAGGAGGUUCCAUGAGGAUAGGCGUCAUCGAGGAGGUAGACGAGCAAAUGACGCUCACAUCGUUACGUCAAUCGAACGAUAAUAGGCCUCAUGUACAAAGUAUAUUCGCACAAGGCCCACCACCACCGAGCGAGCCUGUCGACGUGCCUGGACCAGUGCAAUUUCGUAACCGCGAAGUAUUCUCCAGGAGCGCACCUGCACGAGCAGCAACCAGUAGCGCGGAAUCGGGAACCGUGCGCGAAAAAUCAAGACUUCUAAGAACACAAGAGUCCAUGCAAUCGGCACGAUCAAGCGUCACCUAUGAACCGGCGAGUCCCGGUAGCGGGAUAAACGAUGAUGUAGCCAGUAUCGCAAGUUCCUCGUGUUCUAGCGACAGCUCCGGGAACGAAUUUACAAAAUUGAAAACUGAGAGAAAGAAAGAGAGACGUAAACGAAAGCUCGCUCGAAGUGUUAGUGGGCAUAUCGGUACAUAUAGUCAAUCGAAAAGUUCUACCGAUGCGGAGACUCUUUUGCUAGCGGAAUUAGCGGACACGUCGCGACGCGGCAUGGGCGAACGUGACGAACAAUUUUAGAAAAAAUCUUUUUUUUUACAUCCAUGUUUUUCAUGACUGGCCUAAAUAAGCCUAGAUAUCCAAAUAAAAAAUUGGAUAGAGUAGCGCGAUAAUACAUCACCGUACAAUAGAUUUUUUUACGUAUUUUCAAUAUACACACAUAUUGAAAUAAUAUUUCGUGAAAAGAAUCUAUAAUUGUGUUGUCAUUAUUCAGAACAAACUGCUGGCGAUAUAAAUUAUUAUUCAUAUAUAUAAAUCAAUUGUAAUUUUCGUGAGAUCAGUCUUGGAAGUUUCGAAUUUAUCAAAUUGAUAAAAGAAAGUUUCAAAUGGAUGUAUAUAUGUAUCACGUAACACAAGUGUUUUUAAUGAAUAUAUACAUAUAUACAUAUACAUAUGUAAACAUUAUCGUGCGAAAACCAUUCGUAUAAACAACAAAACCAAAACUAACAAGGAAAGUUUCAUAAUAUUUAUAAGUGAAAAACGAAAAAUCUCGUACCUUUUAGUAUAAAAAAUGUACAUAGCAAAAACAUAUAAUUAAUUUUGACUAUAAUUAAGUAAGUAUACUGAUACAUACGUAGAGAGAAUACUUCCAUAAUACGUCUCGAACGAAUGAGAAACAUAAGAAAAACUAUAAAGGUGCUAUUAAUGAAAAUGUAUUCGAUUCUUAUUCGAUAUAUCUGAUUAAACCUUUUUUUAAAAAAUUACAAAAUUUCGAACAUUGCCUUUGAAAAUUUAUAAAGAGGAAUAGUUUCAAGUUUACGUAAAAAAGUUACAAAUAUAAAUUAAAAUCUA